AGUUUCAUUUCAUACACAACCAAAUCUUUGCUCUAAUCAAUGGAAGGAAAGAGUUCCAGUGAAGAAAUAGCGCAUGAAUUCCUACCGUUUCUUAGGAUCUACAAAGAUGGCAGAGUUGAAAGAUUCUUAGGAACACAAGUUGUUCCUCCAUCCAUUGAAGAUCCAAAAUCCGGUGUUUCCUCAAAAGAUGUUGUGAUUAUACCUGAAACGGGAGUAUCAGCAAGACUUUACGUUCCAAAACUCAUUCAGAACAAGAAACUUCCUCUUCUUGUUUACUUUCACGGAGGAGGAUUUUGCAUUGAAACAGCAUUUUCUCCAACUUAUCAUUAUUUUCUGAAUGAUGUUGUUUCACAAGCAAAUGUAAUUGCUGUUUCUGUUGAUUAUAGAAGAGCACCCGAACACUAUGUUCCGAUCGCUUUCGAGGAUUCAUGGGCAUCGUUAAAAUGGGUUCUUUCUCACUCUAAACGGGGAGGUAGUGAGAGUUGGUUAAAUGAUUAUGCUGAUUUUGAUCAAGACUUCUUGGGUGGUGAUAGCGCUGGUGCUACUAUUGCACAUAGUAUGGCAAUUCGAGCCGGAACUAACCCUGAACAAAUUCAUGGGGUGAAGAUUUUUGGUGCUGCUAUUGUGCAUCCUUACUUCUGUAGUAGUGGGGAACCAAUUUUGGAUGACAAGUUUGACAUCGGUUCAAAGGAAGGACCAGCAAAAUUAUGGUAUUGUGUUUGUCCAUCAACAACUGGGCGUAACGAUCCGCUUAUCAACCCAACAACUGAAACGAAUCUCGCAAGCUUGGGGUGUGACCGAGUUUUGGUGUUUGUAGCAGAUAAAGAUAUUUUGAGAGACAUAGGAUGGGUUUAUUUUGAGACAUUAAAGAAUUGUGGAUGGAGUGGAGUUGUGGAGAUUAUGGAGUCACAAGGAGAAGAUCAUGUGUUCCACUUGGUUAAUCGUAGCUGUGAGAACGCUGUGAAUUUGAUGAAACGACUCGUUUCAUUUCUAAAUAUGAAAAGGGUCCAAUCUAUUCCUUAAUUUUUAUUUAUAUGCUUUUCUAUAAAUGUUGUCAUUUGGCAAUUGCUGGAAUAAUGCAGUUUUCUUUGUUCGAAUACUAAUAGUACUGUUGCUUGCUCCGAUCCCCUGUUCUGGAUCUAUUCGCCAUGUUCGUUUGUAAUGGGGUUGCUUCAGUACUUGAUAAUGAAAUUGGUUCACCGGUUGUAUAGAUGUGGAA